AUGUGGAAAGCCACCGAUGUUGCCGUGGAAAGCCUUUGGAAGCUCUUCAGCACCGGGCCCCCUCAGUCCCCAUUCCCGGCGGCCACCGAGCAGCUGGAAGGCCCUGAUGUGGCGGAAGGCGGACUCCUGCGGCAAGACAACGCCGCACGCAUUGCCUUCAACACGCGUUCACGCGCGUCCAAGCUGGGGCUGGACCGUUUGGCCAAGCAGAAACGCUUGGAGAAGGAGCUCGCCAAAGGGCCGGUCUCGGCAGUGGCCUUAGAUGCCGACCCCUUGGCCGAUGCACCCAAGCCCAGCAUGGAGGACAUUGAGAAGGGGAAGCAGCGGAAGCGGAUCACUGCAGCUGGAAGUGGCUCUGGCUCAGAGGCGGAGGAGGAGGAUGCUCCUCCACAACAGAAGCCCAAAGACAAGCCACGAGGGCCACGUAGCCGCAGCAGAAGCGCCCCGAAGAAAGACAACCGCACAAGCUCGGCUGAUUUGUGGGAGGCUGCCAAAGACAUCCGCGCUAAGAUCAGCCAGAUGGGUGAUGAGCCCAAGGAGCAGAAGAGCCGAGGACCUUUGGCCGGACAGCCGUUGUUUUUCAAGGGCAACCGCGCCAACAUCAAAGAGGAAGAUGUGAAGCUCGAGCCGUCUGAGGAGCAAUCAAGGGUCAAGACACGCGACAACAAGGACUUACAGUACCAAAACAUCACCGACAAAGUCAUGACCAAGAACGAGAUUGAGGAGAAAAUCAAGGCUGAAGCAGAGAUCGACGCCUACGAAGAAGGGAAGUUGGAGAGAGACUGGUACAUGGCUGAAGAAGGAGGUGCCGCGCAGGGCAUGGACGAGAUGGAUCCCCAGCGCGAGGCGGAGAGGGAAGAAAAGAAGAAGAGGCAGCUCGCGCAGGUGGCGCGGGUGAACAUUCGCCAGCAAAUGAAGAACGAAGCCAAUGAGAUGUGGGAACUCAACAGGUUGGAAGCCAUGGGCUUGGCGGAGCGGAAGGAGGUGAAGUUGGACUUCUCCAAGGAGGAUGAAGAGAAGCGUGUGGCAGUGGUGGUCCGGGAGACGACGCCGCCCUUCUUGGACGGACGGAAAGUCUUUACCACGCAGACGGAGGCAGUGAGCGCUGUGAAGGACCCCACCUCGGACAUGGCCGUUUUCUGCAAGCAGGGCUCCAAGGUGGUGCGACAGGUGCGUGAAGAGUCGGAUCAGGGCAAGUUUCGGCAGCGCUUCUGGGAGCUCUCAGGCUCCAAGAUGGGCAACAUCAUGGGCGUGAACAAGAAGACGGACAAUGACAAGAAGGACGAUGAUGUGUCCGACGACGAGUUCGACCACAAGGCCAGCAAUCAGUACGGCCAAGCCCUGAAGAAGCAGAAGACCGAGGCCCAAUCGGAGUUCGCGAAGACCAGGAGUAUCAAGCAGCAGAGGGAGAGUCUUCCAGUGUAUCAAGUCCGGUCCGACCUCAUUGACCUCUUGCGCGAGCACAACGUCUUGGUUUGUGUGGGCGAGACCGGGUCGGGCAAGACCACGCAGCUCACACAGUACCUUCAUGAGGCCGGCUACUCCGUCAAUGGGCAGAUCGGAUGUACUCAGCCCCGGCGUGUGGCCGCUGUGUCGGUGGCCAAGCGCGUCGCAGAUGAGAUGGGCUGUGAACUGGGUACCAAGGUGGGCUACUCAAUCCGCUUUGAGGACUGCACCAGUGAGUCCACCAUCAUCAAGUACAUGACGGAUGGCGUGCUCCUUCGUGAGACGCUCUUCGAGCCCGACCUGGAUCGCUACUGCGCGGUGAUCAUGGACGAAGCCCACGAGCGCUCGCUGAACACCGACGUGCUCUUCGGCGUCUUGCGAUCGGUCGUGGGGCGCCGGCACGACUUCAAGCUCAUCAUCACCUCCGCCACCAUGGAUGCGGAGAAGUUCGCCAGGUUCUUCGGAAAUGUGCCAGUCUUCAAUAUCCCGGGACGAACGUUUCCAGUGGAUACCCUUUAUGCCCGAACGACGGCGCAGGAUUACGUGGAUGCGGCCGUGCAGCAAGCCAUUGCUAUCCACGUGGGCCAGGAUUCGGGCGACGUGCUGAUCUUCAUGACGGGACAAGAAGACAUCGAGGCGACCUGUGUGCUCUUGGCUGACCGGAUUGCUCAGGUGGGGGAAGAAGUGCCUCCUGUCACGAUCUUGCCCAUCUAUUCGCAGUUGCCAUCGGACUUGCAGGCGAAGAUCUUCGAGAGCAGCGACAAGCGCAAGAUCAUCGUGGCCACCAACAUCGCUGAGACCUCGCUGACGGUGGAUGGCAUCAAGUAUGUCAUCGACACAGGCUACUGCAAGUUGAAGAUCUACAACCCCAAGAUGGGAAUGGACAGCUUGCAAGUGACGCCCAUCUCGCAGGCCAAUGCGAACCAGCGCCGCGGUCGUGCCGGCCGCACUGGGCCUGGCGCGUGCUGGCGUCUCUACACUGAAAGCGCCUACGUCUCGGAGAUGCUCACCAUGACCAUCCCUGAAAUUCAGCGCACCAACUUGGCGAACGUGGUGCUUCUCUUGAAGUCCAUGGGCAUCAAAGACCUCCUCUCCUUCGGCUUCAUGGAUCCUCCACCCCAGGACACCAUCCUGAACUCCUUAUUCCAACUUUGGAUGCUGGGCGCGCUGGACAAUCUGGGUGACAUCACCAAGCUCGGGAAUAAGAUGGCCCAGUUUCCGCUGGACCCGCCCCUCUCGAAGAUGCUGAUCGUUGGCGAAGAGAUCGGCUGCAGCUCUGAGAUUAUGAGCAUCGUGUCCAUGCUCUCCGUGCCGUCCAUUUUCUUCAGGCCGAAGGACAGGGCCGACGAGAGCGACGCAGCACGGGAAAAGUUCUUUGUGCCUGAGAGUGAUCAUCUCACCUUCUUGAACGUGUACCAGCAGUGGGGUCACAAUGGCUACAGUGCCAAGUGGUGUGGUGAUCACUUUGUGCACCAGAAGUCCUUGAAGAAGGUUCGUGAAGUGCGGGGCCAACUUGAAGAGAUCAUGCAGCAGCAGCACUUGCAGAUCAACUCCAUAGGUACCGAUUGGGACCAGGUGCGGAAGGCAAUUUGCGCGGGGUACUUCCACAACGCCAGCAAGCUCCGAGGCAUUGGCGAGUACGUGAACCUGCGGUCGCGGAUCCCAGCCAACUUGCAUCCCACCAGCUCGCUGUAUGGCUUGGGCUACACGCCUGACUACGUAGUCUACCACGAGGUCAUGUACACCGUGAAGGAGUACAUGCAGACCGUCACUGCGGUAGACCCCUACUGGCUCGCGGAGCUUGGACCCAUGUUCUUCUCAGUGAAGGAGUCGAGUAGCGACUUCCAUGCGAAGGAGCGGCAAGAGCAAGAGGAACGGAGAAAGAUGGAGUACGAGCAGAAGCUCCGCGAUGACCUUGAGCGGCAAGCGAAGCAGGAAGAAGCUGAAGCCUUAGUCCGCAGUGGCGGCAAGGUCAUCGAGGUGGGAAAGCGCCGUGCUCCACGGGAAGGCUUAAGGAAGCUGUCCAGUCAGGAGGACCAGGAGAACAUCCCACGAGGCGAGGUAGCGUUGGUGGUGCCAGAGACGAAUCCGUGCGCGCUGAGAGUCACGAAUGCCAUUAGGGGUUUAAGGCAUAAGGACAUGGCAUAGCAAUUGCAGUUUGAUGCAGUUUGCAUGUUUUUUUUUUUUUUUUAAGAUUUGGUGUUCGCGGAAAUUUGCAGGAAACCCAUAUUUGGGGGUGAAAAGUGAAAACCAUGGUGUCCUGUACUACUCGUAGACUUUCCUUUCAACCAAUUCUGGUAUUUGCUUGGAGUUGAUUCGAACAAGAACCUGCAAAAAGACAGAGCUGGAGAAGGCGACCACCAACGACCAACGACCAACGACCCACGCGAAAGCGUCGCACCAACGCACCGAACGGUGCGACGGCUCCCGACUCCGCCGACCGCAACAGUCUCGGGCACCGGUGCCGUGGUGGGCCGCGACUCGGACUCUGAGAGUGGGGAGCCCAGCGGGCUGAGGCUUCGGAUUGGCUCGGUCAACCACGGGGCGAAAGGAGAUAGAUUUUCGGUUUUGGGCGCUGCUAUGGCUGCUAUGGUUUGGGUGAAAUCCUUUGAGUCAGACCACCCUGACAUCAUGGCAAGUCGAACCUUGUGAGGGGUUGGCACUCCAUAUUUAGUAGAAAUCACCAUGGCUUUGUUGUUGCGUUUUUGUUGUGCAAUGAAGAAACAAAACAACACAUUUGCCUACUUACAAACCAAAAGGGUGUGACCCAAGUCAUGUGACCAAACAGCGUUGGUGUUGAACUGCUUUCGGGCGGUUCGCAGUUCGCUCCAGGAUCUAGACGCCAAGUUGACUCCUCAUCACUGCCGCUCAGAAGACCAGCAUGGUGAGUUGUUGACACCGGGGUGCUGUGAUGGCCGCACAGCCCAGAUGGCCGCAGAGCCCGGAAAGGAUCUCAAGACCAUCACACAUCGGUCCGCCUUCGGCAGUUCCUGGCUCCUCCGAGGCGGUGCGGCGAAGCGGCGCCGGCAAGCAGGCCGCAAGACACGCGUCCGAAGUGCUUGGGCCGCCACAGCCAGCCAAUGAGACCUCGCUGUGAAACGACGCGAGAAAA